GUCAGGGGUUCAAGUCCCUGGCUGAGCACGAGCUGUCAGAACUGCAUGCCCUGUAUGGGCGGGCAAUGCAGUUAGAGAUAGAGUUCUUCUCUGCUCAGCCAAUCCAUCCACCACUGGAUUUCAUUCCACUCUUUUCAGCUCGACGGCCGACAGUUGUUGAUGGCCGACGUGUAUUGUUUGCGUGCGACUUCGAUCUGACUUGUACGGCGUCAGAGUCUACACAAGCACUUGCAGAGGCGGCCAUCUGUGCAGAUAGGGACCGUGUGUCUCAGAGGCAUUUAGUGGUUAAUGAGAAGGUGGGGCCAGCAACUGAGGAGAACACAUUAUGCGAUGAUGAUCCAUGCGAUCUCAUGCCAUCAGACGGCCGCGAGGAGGAGGUCGAACGCACGAGCGGGGUAUCCGACAAGCGAGCGCAGUGGGAGAGAUUAUGUGUAGAAUACAUGGACGGAUACUGGACCACAAUGAAUGAGAUGCUCUCGAAAGACGCAGGAUCUUGUGUGAAAAGGACAUUGCAGGACGUGUUUAAGGGAGUGGGUGAAUAUGAAAUCCUUGCAAAUCAGAAGGUAGCGGAUUCCGGGUUUCUCCAAGGCAUGCGAAAAGAAGAUGUGGCGGCGAGGGGUCGUUCAAACUGCCUCUUCCCAGGUUGUGCCCGGGUUUUCUCAGACAUAAUCUGCAAUAAGGGCAUCGAUAUUCACAUCGUAUCGGUCACGUGGAGUCUUCACUUCAUCAAGUCCACCCUUGGAUCUGUUCUGCCCCAUGAUGUCAUUGAUCGGAUACACAUUAAUGCAAAUGAGCUGGAAUGGGAUAGUGAUGGAAAGUCGACAGGGAAGAUCCUAUACAGGCUGCAGACACCCCUGGAUAAGCUGUGCAUUCUCAAGGCAACAAUGGCCUCCAGGUUCACCACGCAGCAGAACCGCGACAGUGCAAAGUCGACAAGAACAACAUUCACAGGGGGUUCGAGUUCAAAGCAGCGCGACGAUUCCGAAGUGGAAGUUGUAGAAUCACUGGUGCUAGAGCGCAUGCGACAGAGUUCACUUGAGGACACCAAGGCAUUGGAGGUGUGCAAAGCUGUCGACGAUUCAAGUCGAGCUCCGAGAAGAGGAGGUAUGAGCAGUCUGAACAAGGACGCAGAGUGUCGUGUAGACAUGGAGGGGGGUACGGCGGUGGCGGCGGCGGCGGGUAAUAACGGGCAGGUUCGGCAGGAAGGGUUGGAAGCUCCAGGCAAGUUGCAAGCAGAGCAAUCAGGCGGUCGGCAAGGUGGCAGCGCACCAUUCAUCGUGUUUAUCGGUGACAGCUUGACGGAUUUGCCUCCGAUGUUGGAGGCCGACAUUGGAAUCGUGAUGCGAGGAGGGGGUAGUACCUUUCGAACUGUAGCGGAAGAGUACAAUAUCCAGAUUGAACCUCUGCUCGGUGCAUCCAUCGCGAUGGCCAAGGCGUAUAAUCGGGGUUCGCCGUGGUCGUGGCUGAAACAGUCUGGUGUCAUAUACUCCGCAUCUAGCUGGGAAGAGCUUGAGGUGUGGUUUGUUGGGCUUUCAGGAGGAUUUACACCUCUGCAUCUUUGAAACUGGCUGGUGAAAAUGGUUGGUGUCUACCCACUAAUCAGAUUCACUGUAUCUGGCCAUUCGGUUAAAAAGGCAUGCAGCACACUAGUUUUGUCCAUCUGUCGCUCUGUGGGCAUCUUUCAAGUGGCAGUACCUCACAAACAGCAAUGGCAGUCGUCGUCGUGAGCGCCUGACAGGUUCCCAUCCUCAGUGUACAGCUGGCACGUGGUGGCAAUUGUUGAAGUGCACAGCUCACAUGUGCCAACUGUCACAGUUAGCAGAUGACACGUGGCAAUUGUCACAGUGAGACAGGUGGGAACUGUCAGUGUGUACUUUUAUCAGCCUCGGAUCUCCUCCGUGCACGCAGGGAUUCGAACCGGCGCCCUCAGUCACAGUGAGCAGCUGAAAAAAGGUGCCAACUGUCACAGUGGGCAGCUGACCAGUCACAAUUGUCACAGUGAAGAGCUGACAUGUGGCAAUCCGCAAAGUGAGACAGGUGGGAACUGUCAGUGUGUACUUUUAUCAGCCUCGGACCUCCUCCGUGCCCGCAGGAUUCCAACCGGCGCCCUCAGUCACAGUGAGCAGAUCACAGAUGGCAGCUGCUGUCACAGUGAGCAGCUGAAAAAGGUGCCAACUGAUGCAGGGGUUGUUGCAAAUAUUGGAGAUGGAAAAAAAAAAAAAAAAAAAUGCUUUUCCUACUUGCCUGACAAAGAAACUGUGUCCUCUUUCUUCCUCCUCAUGCAGAGAGACAGUUCUCUGGCGACUCAACCGUCUUCCCCCGAAAAAAUCGCGCAGGCAUUGUAUACGAAUAUAAUAACUGCCGGGCAUUAUAUUCGUUUAGAACGCCUGGGCGUUAUAUUCAGUAAAUUGGUGGCGACUUC